ACUAGCAUUCAGACACUUUACCUUGCCAAUGUAGACAUGUCUUCUCAAGUCCCUGCCUCCAUCGCAAAUAUGUCUUCAUUGAGAUCUAUCUAUCUCGGAAACUGCGGAAUGUUUGGUCUAUUUCCAAUGGAAAUUUUCAAUCUACCAACCCUCCAGAAUCUCGCUGUGCCCGUAAAUGAAAAUCUUACAGGUUAUUUACCUGAAUUUCAACGGGACUCACCCCUUGAGAUAUUAUGGCUUCAGGGCACAAAUUUCUCGGGUCGACUACCUACUUCAAUUGGCAAACUUCAUUCCCUAACCAGGUUGGAUAUUAGAAGUUGCAAUUUCUAUGGUCCGCUCCCAUAUUCACUCGGAAACCUUACCAACCUCAGAAUUCUAAUUUUGAAGUAUAACAACUUUCAAGGUGAAAUCCCUUCUUCAUUGGCAAACCUUACGCAGCUUACUGACUUGUCACUUUCUGCCAAUAAUCUCAGUGGGGGAUCCAUGUCUUGGCUGGGUAACCAAAACAAGCUCACUCUUUUGAGUCUUGGUUAUUGUGGUUUAACAGGUGAAAUCUCUCCUUCUCUUGGAAACCUUACCCAACUUAGAAGUUUAAUCCUUUCUUGGAACCGUUUAACCGGUCGAAUUCCACAUUGGCUGGCUAAUCUCACCGAACUAACUUCCUUGUGCUUUGACAAUAAUGAAUUGCAUGGCCCCAUUCCAGAUUCAAUUUCGAAGCUACUGAACCUUGAAUACCUUACCUUGGACUCCAAUCACUUCAGCGGCAUUUUGAAUCUUGACAUGUUUUUCAACCUUAAGAAUCUCACAUGGCUUCAAAUAUCAGGUAACAGCUUUUCAUCACUGAUCGAAACUAGCCUGAAUGCUACUCUUCCAAAGUGGAGGCUGUUGGGACUCGGAUCGUGCAACUUGACGGCGUUCCCGUACUUCCUCAGAUACCAAGACAAGUUGGAGUCAUUAGAACUCGGAGGAAACAACAUCCAUGGCCCAAUUCCAAAUUGGUUAUGGAACACAGGUAGGGAAACUAUGUGGUAUCUUGGACUUCAUUUCAAUUCUUUGACUGGCUUUGAGCAACCUUUGUUAGUCUCGAGCAUGUCUACACUACAGUUUUUAUAUUUGCACUCCAACAAGCUGCAAGGACCAGUCCCCAUACCACCAACUUCCGUUGUUCAGUAUUUUGUCUCAAACAACAGUUUAACUGGAGAACUUCCACUGAUGUUGUGCAAUCUACCUCGCCUUUAUUUCCUCGAUUUAUCUCACAACAAUCUAAGUGGCAUGCUUCCGCAAUGCUUGUUCAACUUGGAACAUUCGUUGUCAAUGUUGAAUCUGGGACACAACUCUCUCCAUGGAACCAUUCCUGAAACUUUCAAAAAUGGAAGUAAGCUGAAGAUGAUUGAUUUAAGUCAUAAUGAGUUGCAGGGGAAGAUACCAAAGUCAUUGGCAAAUCAAAUCACGUUGGAGAGUCUUAAUCUCGGAGACAACAAAAUUGCCGAUAAAUUCCCCUCUUGGUUGGGAACUUUGCCAAAUCUGAAGGUCCUCAUCUUGAGAUCCAACAAUCUUUCUGGAGCAAUUGGCAGGCCUACGGCAGGUUUCGGUUUUUCCAUGUUGCAAAUUAUCGAUCUCUCCUACAAUGGUUUUACAGGUGCCCUGCCAUCCGACUACUUUCAGAACUGGAAUAGCAUGAGAACUAUUGAUAAAGUCCAGUUUUCAUAUAUGGAGGAAACUACAACUGUGUGGUCUUAUGGUGAUAAGAUGACUUACCAGUCUCCAAUCAGUUACUACUACCAGCUGAGAAUGAUUAACAAAGGUGUGGACACAGAGUAUACGAAGAUCCCAAAUAUCUUGGCAGCUGUUGAUCUUUCAUGCAACAAAUUUGAAGGAGAUAUUCCAGAAUCCAUCAUUACUUUGAAGAAGCUCCAUUCACUAAACCUUUCCAACAAUCGUCUGUCGGGGCACAUCCCAUCACGAAUAGUGAACUUGACAGAGCUUGAAUCAUUAGAUCUUUCAAGCAACAUGCUCAGUGGAGUAAUUCCGCAGCAAAUGGUUCAGCUCACGUUCCUUUCAGUCUUCAAUGUCUCACACAACCAGCUAGUGGGUCCUAUACCACAAGGAAAACAGUUUGGAACAUAUGAGAACAGUUCAUACAAGGACAACCUGGGAUUAUGUGGGAAGCCAUUGUCAAAUGUGUGUGGAAAUGCUCCGCCUGCAUCAACUGUUGAAGAUGAUCAAGGAUCAGAUUCCUGGGUAUAUAUUGAUUGGAUGGUUGUUCUAAUAGGAUAUGGAAGUGGGCUAAUGGUUGGAGUAGUCAUCGGGCUCAGGUUCACCACAUGGAGACAUGACUGGAUUAUGAAAACAUUUGGGAGAAGAAAACCAAAAAGGAGACGCCAGAAAAAGAGGGGAGGAAGAGUUUGAAAUUAUGAGGCAUUCAGCUAUCAUUGACAUGGUUUAAAUUUCUGCAUAUACUAUACAGUAGUCACAGUACAUAUAUAUAUAUAGACUGUAAUGCUAGUGAUGGUUGAUUAUGGAAUGGUUUGGCGACAGAGAAUACUUAUUAAAGAGUUGAGACU